AUGCCGGCGACAACGGCGGAGACGCUCAGCAUCGUCAAUCGGACGGUUUCCGUGGCGCCGCUUGUCCUCCUCGCCGCAGCAGAUCACUACGGUCGCUCCGCCAAGGGAACGCGGAAACGAGUAGUCGGUAUUGUCUUGGGACAGAAUGAUGGCAAGAGCGUGCGGGUGUCAAACUGCUUUGGAGUACCCUUCGAGGAGGAUGAAAAGGAUCCAUCAGUAUGGUUUCUGGAUCACAACUAUGUUGAGGCGAUGAACGACAUGUUCAAGAAGGUCAAUGCAAAGGAGAAGCUGAUUGGAUGGUAUCACUCGGGCCCCAAGCUGCGCGCAAGCGAUCUGGAGAUCAACGAGCUAUUCAAGCGCUACAUUCCCAACCCACUGCUCAUCAUUCUUGAUGUGCAGCCAAAGGAGGUCGGCGUGCCCACGGAUGCAUACUUUGCGGUGGAGGAGAUCAAGGAUGAUGGCACAACUACCUCAAGGACCUUUGUACACACACCCAGUCUGAUCGAGGCAGAAGAGGCGGAAGAGAUUGGUGUUGAGCACCUUCUCAGAGACAUCCGCGACGUCGCCGUUGGCACACUCAGCUCACGCAUCACAAACCAGCUCGAAUCGCUGCAAGGCCUGCAUAUGCGCCUGCAGGAUAUUGGCAAGUACCUGCAGAAAGUCCUCGACGGCGAUCUUCCUGUCAACCACGCCAUCCUCGCAAAUCUUCAAGACGUAUUCAACCUUCUCCCCAACCUCACCACACCCGCACCCAAUAGCAAGGACCUAUCAACACUCAACGGAAUCGUCAAUGGUUCUGUAGGCCUUCUCGGUGGCAGCUCUGAGAACUCUGAUCUUUCGAGAGGAAUGAGUGUCAAGACCAACGWUGAGCUCAUGUCCGUCUACCUCUCCAACUUAAUACGAUCUAUCAACGCCUUCCACGAAUUGAUCGACAACAAAAUCCAGAACAAGAGGCAGCAAGAGGAAGAGGAUUCCAAGAAGGACGACGACAAGAAGGACAAAGACGUCAAGAAGGAUGACAAGGCGCAAGUCAACGGCACAUCAGAGAAGGAGAGCAAGGAUGAUGAGAAGAGCAAGAAGAAGUGA